AUGUCGACGAUCGAAAAAGAUGGCAAGGAAAAUACCAGCAACCGACGUAUGAGCGGCAUGGACGAGAAACCAUCGGUUGCUGCUUCUAUCAAGACACCAUCCAAGUCCACUCGAUACAGCUUGGGGUCGGCGUCCAAGUACUAUUUCAAGUACAUGAAUUCAAGUGCAAAGAAGAAACAAAAGAAGAAUACGUCCCUGGUGCAGGAAGACAAUCCAAACUUUUACCUUGACUACAUGAAUUCAGGGACAAAGAAGCCAAAAGGCGCUUACAACGAGGACGAUACUGGAAAUUUGAGCCUUCUAAGCAUUCCUGAAUUGGCUGGGAAGAGCUCCACCAGCAACAACAAUAGCUCUCUAGAUACGAGCGUACUGAGUCUGGCUUCCAGUAGUAGUGAAGGGAGCGAUCUCUUGAACAAGACAACUUCAAGCGACACAACAGAGCUAACAGCGUCAAAUUUCGUCUUGGCAGCCACUUCUCGGGCAAAAGUGAGAGAGCUUUCAUUGGAUCACAGCGUAUGGACAAAGAACGAAGCAGUCAAGCCCACCACCGAGCAACCAAAGCCUGUCAUCGCACAACCUCCAAGUUCGCGAAAACCUCUGGGUGAAAGACAAUUUUCAGAAACUAGCACCAACAUCAAAGCGACUCUUUCGCAAGAUUCUACUGGCACUGCUCCUGCUGCCACGCCUAGUGGACGAAGACUUUCUAUGCGAGGUGUUUCUCCAUCUCUAAGAUCUCGGAUCAGUGCUUCGCCCAAGAGUCUUCGUAAGUUUACAGAGGACCUCAAGAACUCUCGACUUCAACGCCAGAUGCAGCGAGAGAUGAGUGCCAGGAAAAAUUCUGCAGGCAACUCGGGUCUUUUGAAUAAUAGUGUUGCCAGUGCACUAGAUUCAAGUCUUUUGCUUGAUGGGUCCGGGCUCUCUGUGAUCAAGAAGAAGCGUUCACGAGCAUCCAUGAUGCCAAGGAUCGGUAGUACACGGGACGACAAGAAAGAGACUUCUAUGAUGUCCAACGAUAGCGGAGAUACAACCGACGAUAUUCUUGGGGCAAUGGAUGAGAUUUUUGGCCUAGCGAACAGCGAUGACUAUACAGAGGCACUAUCAGAAAAGCCAAAGCGAUCGUCUGUUACUGCAACAGCCAGUGCUGUGAACGAAGCACUGUCGCAAGAGUCCACCGAGGAGGACCCAACAAAUGAUUCUAUUCCAGUAGCGGUUGCCUUCCAACGAAGCAGAAGAAGCAGUGGUAUCAUGGAGCAGCCAGAACAAUUGGAUGAAACAGAAGGAGCUCUCGCCUCAACCAAAUCAUCUGAGGCCUCUUCAAAUGCGGAAAUGGAAUUCUCAAAUGUUAAUGAGACAAAGUCUACUCCUACCAAGCUUGCGCCGACCCCCCACAGCAUUGCAAAUCCUCGCCUUCUCGAUUCUCCUGCUCGAAAUACGCGGAGCGCCAAAAAGCAAUUGAGCCAUAGUCGUAAUGACGAUGCAGCAUCGCUUGGGGAUCUUGGCGAUAUGCUUGGAGGUGUCUCUGAUAAUAUGAGUGCCAAGUCCUCGACGACGGAGAAAGAUAGCGAUAUUAAUGGCUCUCCUUUGCAUAAGAAUACCAACUCUCAGCGUUCCUUUGGAUCCGGAGAGAAAUCAGAGCUAUCAGUGGAAACAGGAAGGGAAGCUGAUGGCGACACUGCUUCAGUCGGGGUCUACGGUGAUCUUCUCGGCGAGCUGACGCAAGAAUCGAUUAGUUGCCAACACGAAGAAUCUACCGUAGAAACGGGUGAAGAAGGGGUCAUACCAUCACCAGGACCAAGUGUGUCUCACAAGAACAACAGCCCACAACAAAGCCAAGCAAAGGAAGGUACAACACCUACGAAACUUGUACCUACUCCAGCUGCUAGGGACACAGAAUCUAUCGCAAAACUUGGUGGUGUUCUUGACAUUGAUUCAGAAGUAGAAAAUGCGACCGAGCAGAAAAAUUCUCAGUCUCCUGCUGUGAGCAACUUGUUGACGCAGCGUUCUAUGGGAUCAGAGGAAAAACCUGGCAUCUCGGAUGAAACGGAUGUAGGAGGUACCACAGAAACAGCAUCUCUUGGGGAUCUUGGUGGUCUUUUUGGUGGGCUGACAGACGAAUCAACUGGCAACAAACAAGAUGAAUCUACCGCAGAUGACGACAAUGAAGAGGUUGUGCAAUCGCCCGUCGAAAGAUCGCCUAAGAAGAAUGAUGAGAAGGAAGGUACAACUAUUACAAAACUUGCACCUACACCUCAACGAAUGGAAAAUCCGCGCCUCCUUGAUUCUCCCGCAAGAAAUACUCGGAGUGCCAAGAAGCAACAGAGUCAUUCUACUGCCGGGGACGCAGAGUCUAUGGGAGAUAUUUGUGCUAACAGUUCAAACGCAGAUCAAGAGCAAAGUUCUUCUGCUAUUAGCAACUUGUUGACACAGCGCUCUAUUGGAUCGGAAGAAAAGUCCGUCUUCUCAAGCAAAGGAGAUACCACCGAAACAUUGUCAUUUCCCGACAUAGGUGAUAUCUUUGGUGUCCUAACGCAAACAACAGCCGAAAGUAACUCUCCAAUGGCUCCGCGACAGACAUAUUUCGAGAAUGCGGACUCUCAAGUGAUUGAAUCGGAGAAGACACAGGCCGAAGAUGCGAGCGUUGAGAAACUUUUGACGAAAGAUAGCGACCAGCGCGGUCCUAGCCAGGACUCAAAGGUACCCAGUAGUCCUAGUGACUAUCUGGCACCAGCAAAACUUGCACCCACUCCACAACGGAUGGAAAAACCUCGAUUUCUCGAUUCUCCUGCUAGAAAUACUCGAAGUGCCAAGAAGCAGCAGAGCUCUCGGGAUGACGAAAAUACAGCGUCUGUGGCAUUUCGUGCCGUCGACCUUGGUGAUGGAGCAGUCAAUGGAAAUAUCAGUCAAGGUCAGAGUAGGUCACAGGACAAGGUCUCAUCCCAGCGUUCGUUCGGAUCCGAAGAGAAGUCAAGCCCUUUGCAUGAGAAAAACACCUUCACCGAAACCGCAUCUCUCGGGGAUAUCGGAGAUAUUCUAGGUGAAAUCCCACAAUCGUCACCAGAAAAAGCUUCCACUUCACAGACGAGUCAAGAAGAUGCAGUGGUAUUGAAUUCGCCGCCUAGAGUGGGUCGGAGCUCCAUGGAAGAUUCUGGUUUUGAUAUCCCUUCACCGUCAAAGGAUAGCACUGAAGGUCUUGACGAUUCAAGCACCUCGUUUAAUGCUCAGAGCGAACAGAAGUCUCAGCCUAGCAAAUCAUAUCCUUCCCCUCAAAAUGAACUUCUUGAUCGAGAUUCUAGUCAAACGAAGACAAAAGAAUCGACGACCAAAUUAACCACUACACCUCAACGAAUUGAGAAUGCACGCUUUCUCGAUUCUCCAGCUCGGAAUACUCGAAGCGGAAAGAAACAACAGAGUUCGGUUGAUGAUACAGGCGAUCAUACAGCAUCGAUUGCCGCCGAUCUCAGUAGCAUCUUUGGCAGCUCUACGAAACGUAGAAGUAUGGACGCAUCUAUGAAUCGCGACCAGGCUUUAUCGCCCUCGGAAAACAAUGAGUUGUCCCAACGAUCGUUUGGAUCCGUCGAAAAAGUGGAUAUACAAGACAGCGACACCAAUACAGAUACGGCAUCUCUCGCUGAUAUCGGCGAUAUUCUUAGCGGGUUGUCACAGGAUACUGGAUACAACAGUUCUCCUGUCGCAGAAAGUUUGAGAGGACCAGAUUCGCCAAGACAAGAACAUAGCAGCCCGGUGGAGCAAAUGGAGGAGAAAGCCAUCUUCUCGCAGCGUUCGUUUGGAUCUGAACAGAAAUCCAUCAGAUCGGAUGACGAGAAUAAGGGAGACGAUACCGAAACGGCAACAAUCGGGGAUAUCGGUAAUAUUUUUGGUGGGCUUACAGAGCCGUCAGCAGAAGAUAGCCCUGCCAUCAGUCUGAGACGUGCUGCUUCAGCGGUAUUGGAUACUCAUCGAAGUGUAAACGAAACAACAGAUUCUGAGGAGACCGUAUUGGAGAAUAGUCUCAUUGAGUCGAAUGAGAAAGAGAAUGAUGUAAUGCAAGGUGAAUCAAAUCAGUCGAUUGGAAUCGAUGCGUCAAAUGAAGGAGUUGAUCAAUCAAUAAACCUUAGCUCUCCGCCAAGAAUGUCUCAAAGUCGACCAUCCAGUGGUCUCAGGCUGAACUCAAGUCAACGCAAGAGAAGAGCUACGCCCACAAAGCUUGCACCGACUCCAGAACGAAUUCUAAAUCCGAAGCUUGUCAAUUCUCCUGCAAGGAACACACGGAGCUCCAAAAGAAAGCACCACGAAGGCGACGAUUCUAGUUCUGUGUCUAUUUCUUCAAGCAUACCUUCAUCAGAAUCCGACGAAGAAAAUUUGUCUUCUUCAAAGAGACACCAAUUGACAAAGGAAUCUUUUGGCUCGGACCUUUCAGUUUCCAAGGACGACGAAAACGAUACGCGAACUGCUGCUUCCAUGGAGGAAAUCAAUUCCAUUCUUUUUGAGCUCGCCCAACAAGCACCAACUGAAGGUUCUCCCAUUGCAGAAUUGAACCCGAUUGUACAGAACUUCGAUGCAUCGCAAAAUGCAUCGCAGUUCAAAGAUGACACUGGGGAUCUCAGCAGAUCUCAAAUUUCAAAAGAAGGGCUCGAACGCAACCAUUCUCAUAUGUCGAUGUCAUCUGUGGAAGAGGAAACAUCACAAAGUAUGAGGAAUACACGAUCACACCACAGCAUGAUGAGUGAAGCGAGUAGAGAUCAUUCUAUCGAUAUGGGAAGUCAACGUCAAGGAACUCCUAGCAAGGUGUCUUCAACGCAGAAGUCUCCCAUGCGCCUGCAACCAAAUUCACAUGUAAAGCCAACGCCAACGAAGAUUCAGCCAUCCCCACGCAGAGUUUUGAAUCCCAGGUCGAUUCAUUCACCCGCACGGAAUACAAGAAGUGCAAGAAAGGCCGCAGAAGUCCACAAUAUGGAAAGCGAUCAAGAAACGCGAGAAGAAAGUAAGCGAAAAUUGCCACCGUACGAUUCAGAAGACCUUAGAUCUCCUAUGCCGAAGAAGUUCAAGCCUGUGGGGAUCUUGAGCUCUAAGAAACGUCGCGCACAGAAAACUGAUAGCGCUCAGCGAACCAUCUCAUUCGGUUCGCCUGAGGCGGCUUUGUAUCAUGUUGGUAGCCCUUCAGGAAAUUUUACUCCGCUACCUCGAAGCCGUGCGAAGGCACUUUUUGCAAUUCCAAGCAAAAAUGAAUCUACUUCAUCUUCGGACGUAUCCGGUGAAGAGACUGUAGGAAUCGAAUCGAACAUGCAUAUCCUAGUGGAUAGAAUCACUGCAGAUAAUAUGCAAGAGUCUCCGGAACUCAGUCCAAUUGCCAACGACCAAGACAGUUCGAGGAUUCACAAUUUGAGUGCGUCAGGUAAAAAGAGCAUGGACGAAACUGAAGAUAGCAGAGGAGACAACGAGCAUACUGUAGAGCUGGAACUAGGUAUUGAUCAAUUGUUGGCAAACGCAUCCAAGGGCAUCGAGGGGGAAAACGAACACACAGUUCAACUUGAAGGGGGUAUGGAACAAUUGGUGGCAAACGCCUUGAACUCCGAGGCCAAAGCACCACCACCGACAAAUAUAGAAAAAUUCACUGAUACACGAAAUUCCUCUCCAGCAGAUUCUUCUGUUGACAUGGCAGAUAGCCGCAGCAUAGCUUCGAUGAACGCACAAACAGGAAAGUAUACAUCUGAGUUCAAAAUGACGGCCAUGGACGCACAGAAGCUCGACUUUAGUAUACAAGCCUCUGAAAGUGACAGUGACGAUUCGAUGGAUGUCGAUGAAGGAAACACUGUUCCCCUGGAAGUCGAUAUGACAUCUUUGCUUGCUGCGAAUGGGACACUUGGCAAGAAAAAGGAGAUCAUUGACAACAGCGUAGACACUACAGAAGAUGAAUGUCAAUCACCACCGCGGCCUCCAGUUGCCACAGCAAGAUUCUCUUUAAGCCAAGCGGACUCGCCCGAAAGCGUAAAGGCUUUUGAAAACUUGCUCGGACGUCAAGCUGAGGACCUCGCUAUCUCCAAAGCGGAGACGAAUGAAUCUCAAAUAAGAUCGUCCCAAAGUCUUUCCGAAGAGUUUCUAAGCGAGCCGUACACACUUACGCUAGACGAACUGUGCGAAAUUGGAGAUCUCGAAUCGAACAACAAGCCAGAAGGACCGGGAGGCACAAGCCAAGACGCUGUGGUAGAGUUCAACGCAAUGGUGGAAGAGAGGAAUUCUAUUGCAAUCUCGCGAUGGAACCAGUUUCUUCAGGCUGUUUGUGGCGAGGUGGAAAACCAGGAUCAAGAUCUCGAUGGAAAAGCUGCUUCUGAGUAUGACGACAUUCUUAGUGAGCAGUCACCGCAUAUGCGCAAACUGGAAGCUAUGCUCCGAUCAGAACAAGGAACCGAGGUACAGGAAAAUAUACGCGCCUUGGUGAAGGCCAACAAGGAUAACGUCGAAGCUGAAUGGAACGAUUGGUUGAAAAAUUUACUUGAAGCCUUUUCAAGUGAAUGGUUGCCCGCCUUAUCAAAUGAUUUGAAGAAGGAGUGCUCUACGUUAGAUACUAUCUCAGAACUUGGGGUACAAGCUUCAACAAAGAUUGCAGCAAUUAAGGAUAAGAAAGUUCGUCGUGCAAGGAGGAAGAGUAUCGGGCGUCGGAAAUCACUGGCACGUUCCCUUCAUGAUGAAAUCAAAGAACUUGAGGCCGAAAUCUCGCUAACGAAGGCAGCACUCGAUGACAAAAAGGAAAAAGAAUCUGCGAUAGAUGCAACGAUCGACGAGUUGCAAGAAAUCCAAGUGCUUGCAAAUGAAGCAAAGGCUCUCCGAGCCGAUGCAGCACCAAGCCAAAAAGCUUACAUGUCACUAAAAGGUCUUCACUCCUGGAAUCCAACUUCAAUGAAUGAGUCAAAUUUAGCUUUCGAGGCUGUUGGCCAAUAUGUGCAGACGACAAACACCAUCACCUACAAUUUGGAAGGUCCUUCGAUUAGCACGGCAGUGUCUCAUAGCGACUCAAGUACGGAGACAAUGAAAUAUUCAUCAAAGUCAACCUCGGCGAUCGUCAAAUAUCUGUCUGCUUGCGUCGAUGAGCAUUCUAGCGCUGUCCGCCAGAAGACUGUCCCUUCCGCGGCUGAAAUUGGUACGAGUAUGCAGUCGUAUAUGUGGCAUCUUGGAAGAUUGGACCAUACCGUCACAGAAUUGCAAUCGCUGAAGAAAAGAUACACUACAACAUUUUCGAGCAAAGGAAGCAGAUUUGUCUUUUCCGUUGAGUACAAGAAUUCUUCGACCUCUCUUCUUGCAGAGUUCGAUAUCGAUCACAACUAUCCUGCUUUGCCACUGGAAGUACAGCUCAAUUUAAUCAAGGGCGAUAUCGACCUUGAUCGUGUUCGCAGGGGUCUGAGAAAGAGCGCGAAGCCAGGUUUUGGAAAUCUAUCAAGGGCAUGUGGAAUCAUCUCUGCAUUCGUGCCCUGA